AUGGAGAAACGAUUUGAGUCGUGGAAGGAGUUUGUCCUAAAUCUCCGUUUGGCUGUCACGGAUAGCGAAAGUACGUGACUUGGUGCUUCCUAGGGGCGGGUAUCAGCAAGCACUGAUGGUUAUUACAGCGGAGAAAGCCAACUUGAUGAAGCAAAACGAGGAGCAACGCGCAGCCCGGGAAGCUGGCAUAGCACAAAGGAAGAGGGCGGAGGAGGAAGCCCGGAAAGCGGUUUCAGUACUCCAGGAUGCUUUCAGGGACGCUCGUGAGUCACUGCAGACUGCCAUGUCAGGUGUUAACCGGGCAACGGAGUCGUUUGGAAAGCCUCCUGACCCAGAAUCAAUUCCCAAGUUCGAGCUUAAGAAACCGGAUAAACACAGUAUGUAUUUCGGGGGUGUAUGAGAAUGAAUCCUUUAAUCUAAAGCUGCUGAUAAACUUCUAUAGGGGUCGAAGGCGGGGUCGUGGGGCAGGUUUUCGAUUUCCUAACAGGUGGGACCCGUGCUGCCCGGCAAGCAGAAAGGGAAUACAAUGAAGCACAGUUGAGAGCCGGUGAAAUCCGGAAAGACUUUCUGAAGGAUCACUAUGAAGCAGCAAGAAAGAGGGUUGAAGAGGCUAGAAAAAACGCAGCAGAGACUCAAAGAAUACACAUGGCCAUAGUCGAGAAACAAAGGGCGGUGGAAGAGGAUUUGCAGAGGGCUUCUGAGGCCAUUAUUGAGUCUACUUUGGAUCUGGGGAAUCUGGAUACCGAGAAGUUAACAUUGGUAUGUUUGCCCAAAAGGAUUUUGGGGGGUUUUCUAGUGUAAGCUUUUCUCACAUGAAAUACCCGUCGAUAGGCACAGAUACAGGAUAUCCUAAAAGACUCUCUCAAGGCACUAACCUAUCUUAAGUCCCAAGUAACAAGAAUUGUGGACUUCUAUUCAGGCAUCACGCUCAUGGUCAAAGACGCCUCAGAACAUGCUUGCGAUGAUUUCAUUGAGACAAUUAACCUGGGGCUCGAGGAUGGGGGUGACGAAACGAAGACAAUCGAAAGAAUGGAGCUGCAUGAAAUGCAGAAGCGAGUGAGCAUUCGUGAACAUGCAAAGAUCAAGAACCACAACUCAUAAAGACUUGAAUAGGAUGUGCAAACAACCGCAUUAAGAGUCCAGAGCUACUUCUCGGUCAUCCAGGAGGUCUCCUCCAUAUAUGUCCAGGUCUCGAAGCGUCAUAUCCUCCCGGGAAUUAGUAUGAUAGACGAGCUCGGGCUCCAGGACGGGCCGGAUCCGGGGGAAAGCGCGAGAAAGAGACAGACGCUGGACGACUAUGCCUACAACACCAAAAAAGAAGUCCGGAUGGUGGCCACCGCGGUAUGAACCCCUCCACUUAUACUGCCUCAACCCAGUGAACGGUGGCCCUUGAUUGUAUAUGUGAGGAAGCAGAAGAAGAAGUAAAUACUGAUGUGAAAUUCAUCCGUUUAGAAACAAGAAGAAAUCAAGAGCGGCCUGUGGAGAAGGGUUAGACAAUUCGCAACGCAAGCUAAAUUACUACCACCCCCCACCCCGGAGGAGUUGGCACUAGAGGAGGAGGAGGCGGAAACGUUCUAUCCAGCCGAAUAGCUAUCUGCCAUGCAGGUAUAUCAGUGGCCGUGAGAUGGUGUCUAGGAAUUUGUGGGAUCUGAGUUUACAGUAGCUUUAGUCUUGUUGUAUUUCGUUGGAGUCGGGUUGGUGAGGAUUUCAGCGGCCCGGGUGCUGCCAUGUUAUCUGGGCGUUUGAGAACGAUGAAUAUUAUCUUAAAUCACACCU